ACUAAAUAAUUCAUUGUUGUUGUUGAGCGGAAUCGUUAUCAAAAAUUUGUUAUCAAUCGUGAAAUCCCAGUGAAAUUUUUUUCUCCAAUGAUCAUUUUGAGAAUAAUACCUUCCUCUUUUAUAAACGACCAAAUUAGUAUUCAAAAAUGGAAACAGAUAUCUUCUCUGAUCUUCAGAAAACCCUCGUGAAACAACUGGAGUCAAUUGAACCCUUCAGACUGAGCCCAUGUGUGCUCAAAACUUCUCAACGUAUAUCCGAAGGAGACUUCGUUAUUCUUACGAAUGAUGCUUCUGCUGAAGCAGCUCGUCAAGCUUUGGACGACGUUACUAAAAAUUCAAACUUACCAAUCCAGAGUGUAAAGAUCGAGAAAAAUCGUAUACUGGUGUCAUUAGAUCGAAAAGAAACAUUCACCAGAUGCAUUCAGCAGAUCAAUUCGAUGUCUUCUGAUUAUGGCCACUGUUCUCAGUUUUCUAAAGAAGAAAUCUGUUUCAUCUGUGAUAGAGAAACGUCCUCGGAUGAUCUUACAAAUUUCAGAGUGAAUUAUUUAGUAGAAAUUGCAAAAAAUUUAACAUCAGCUAUUGGCUUCGAUGUGAUGGAAAACGACGAGAGUGAUCAAAAAUUAUACUUUACUCAUAAAUCAAAUAGCUCAGUUGAUCGCUCGCAAUACCGACUUGUUCUAUGUGGAGUUGUAAAAAACGCUGAAACUAAAAUGAAAGAAACCAGCAUCACUGUACCUGAAUACCGAAGGAUAAAAAACAAAAUAAUGAUUGAAGAAAUGAAAGACAGGGAUAAGCUUUUACUACAUGUUACCGAAUUAUUGACAGAUGCUCUUUUGAAAUUCAAUUUAUUGCACGUGAAAAUUAAUAGUCCAGUUUUAAUGAAUUUAAAUCCACUGUUGGAAGAUUUUGAUGGCACUGCUGUUUUUAUCAUGUAUAAUUACUCGAGACUGAAUGCCAUAAUUCACGAAUAUGAAGAAAGAGUACAAAAAAAAUGUUAUCCUCCGCUACCUUCGGUCGAUUCUGUUGAUUUCGGUUUGCUUAAAGAAGAAAAAGAGUGGAUCAUCCUUUUCAAUUUUUUACUACAAUUCCCCAACGUUGUGUUGAAUGCAGGGAAAGAUAUAAAGAAAGGGCAAUUUUCACCUUAUAUACUGUAUAAUUUCUUACACAAUAUGUCUCGUACAGUCAGCUCUUAUUAUAGGAGUACAAAAAUACUAUUGUAUAAUCGACCUCAAUUACUUCCAUUGAUCGUAGCAAGAAUGUACCUUAUUAAGGCAGUUCAUCAAGUUUUCACCAAUGGACUGAAUUUAUUGGGUAUUAAGCCAGCUCCUGCUCUGUGAUUUUUAAUGCCACUGUCUGUUUGUACUGAAUUCGUAAUAAAUGUUUUUCAUGUU